CACUUCCCACGGCCUUAUAAUAUCAGGAGCUAAAAUAAACACUGGAGAACUGUGACUUCCUGUAUUCUAGGCGACAGGUUCCCAACCCUGGUCCUGCACAUUUCAGUGUUUUCUCUGGAUCCAACACAUCCGCAUAACCAGCUGAUUAACAGCCCUUUCUGAGCUGAAGUCGAUGUGCUAGACAAGGGAAAACAUUAAAUUGUGCAUGACAGGGAUUACUCCAGGAACAGGGGUCGGGGAACUUGUGGUCUAGGUAUCACUUCAUUAUUAGUAUUUGGAUUUUAAAGAACUCGAGAUUUCAUUGUCUUCUACCAUAGGCUUCUACCAUCGUGUUUUCGUGUUCAACGUGCCUUCUCUACAUUUGCUGACAAGUACAGCCAUCAUCACUUCCGCGUUGGGCUGAGUUAAUCAUCCCCGCCCCUAGUCGCCAUAAAAAAAAACACAGACUGCGCAGAAGCACUUCCGCCUUCGCGUAUUGAAAGCCCGUGUGAAACACGGUAGUUUGAGAACUCGUAAGACAAAAUGUAACGAUUAUUGGUUUCUCAGACUUCUUCUCAAGCUUCAGCUCAAUUUCUGCGUAUUCAUUUUUAAACAGGAACCUCGCUAUGAUGUUUAGUCCAAAGGAUUUGUCUGUAACCGUGCCUAACGUUCCCUCAGGGUGCAAAGAAAAGCCGUUUGCGGUCGUCGCUCCUAUUCCGAGACCCACACUGAAUUUAGGAAUUUCCCCAGAAAACCAGCGCGGUUUGCCCGAUGGCUCUUUACCGACUUCCCCCGAGUCUGACUGCGACGAAGUGCCAGGCGUCGGCUGCUUCCUGGAGCACGACACGCGAGAGCUUAUCGUCGAGUUAUUUUUGCUCUUGACCUCUUCUUCUCGCCGUUGUGGACGACAUAAUAAGGUUUUACACACCAUGAAGCGCGUUGUUGACAGCCUGCUGGUCAAGCACGAGCUUGUAUAUAAAGGGAUGCUUGUAAAGCUGGGUUUGGACGAGAGAGGAGAUGACAUGAGUGUGAUUAGCUCAGUGGCCAAGGAGCUCUUCAGUGACGGCAUCACAAACUGGGGUCGCAUUGCCAGCCUGCUCGCCUUUGGGGCAGUUGUGUCUCAGUAUGAGAAGCAGUCUGGACGAGGGCACUGUGUAAGCCUUGUAGCAGAAGAGAUCUCUUCCUAUCUUCUGUACAAUCAAAAGGAGUGGCUUCUGAAAAAUAACUCAUGGGAGGGCUUUGUGGAAUUUUUUCACGUUCCUGAUCCCGAAUCUUCAGUGAGGACCGCAUUAACGACCUUUGUUACUGUGGCAGGUAUUGGGGCUGUUCUUGCCUAUUUGACAAGAUAAGUGCCACUGGACCUUCUGACUGACUUUGGACUUUGCUGUAAAGUGAUAAAAGAAUAUGAGCAGUCUGCUUUCAAGAACUCCAUUCUAAAACUAGUCUGGACUAUAUAAAAUUUGAUGAGGCUUAAAUAGCUCCAUUAUUGUGCAUUUUAUUCAUGAAGAGUUUAUUUUUUUUAUUAAAAUGUUUCUUAAAACACUAUCUCACAAAAUGUUUUUUUUUUGUCCAGAAACCAAGAUUGUUUUUGUGUUGAUUGAUUGUUGACUUUCAAAAGAAGCUCAAAACAUUUGCAAGACAUCAUAUAUUACUUACAGAUAUGUUUAAGAGCACAAUGAUGUGGUACUGUGACUAUAUGGAGCUGUUGUCUCAGGCCUUAGUUACUGUUUAUCCUGAGGAAUAAGCUGAAGGUGCUUACUACAUAUAACUGUACAAUCUAAGGAUCUUUGCCAUAGAUAGAAAAUUUCACUUUGUACAAACAUUUUGGUGCCAUUUUUUUGUUUUGAAUUUGGUUUUUGGACAGGCUUGUGGUUGAGGAAGUUCUGACCCUUCAGCACGUUCAUCCAGUUCCUUUCUGUUUUCACACUGAAAUGGUUUUGUAGAGAAGAGAGAUCAUGUAAUAAAACUGAUUGCUUCAUGUA